UGCGAAUGCGAAAAUAAAUAACAAGAGCCGCCGUAUUAUCAGUGAUCGAAAUUUCAGUGAUCGGCAAGAUCAACGAUCAGCGAUCGCGAGCGCAAAGCGCGCGUAAAUAGAGAAAAUAUAAAUCAAGAGGAUUGAUAAAAAAAUAAGCGUACAGAACGCGAGUAAGGUGAAAAGUGUGAGUGUGGGGGCGUUGUGUAAAUGAAAGAUUAAAAAAGUUCGGAAAAAGUGCUUACGGCGGAAGCACACCACACAACCGUAACGGUAACAGUUUUGACAGAAGAAAAAACGGGCCGGAAAAUGUCACAAAUACAGCGCAACUAAUCCCAGCUAAAAAUAGUCCGCGGAGAGAUAAAAAAUCACUGUGACAUUUGUUCGUCGCAUUUCGCUUCUUUACAACAAACUCACGUGUCUAACGACACUUUGACAACAGAGAUACAAAUCUGUUUUGGGAAGCUGGGCACGUGACCGCCAAUUAAUGAAUGAGACAGCACCUGAAACCAAGGAAAGAGAUGGGCGGAGAGUGCGAGCGAGAUAAGUGAUAACGCCGCGAAGAAAAAAAAUCCCAAAUCUUAUGCUAAUCGAGCGACAGAAAGUGAAACGCAAAAAAUCAAGUUUAAAAGUCAAAAGUCGCAAGAUAAAUUUAAUAAACAAUGCUUUAAAAGUUCAAAGCUACAAACCACAUAUUUUAAUUGUGGAGAAAAUUAAAAGCAAAGCUAUAAAGUUGAAAUUUAGUAAACGUCAAUAAUUUAUAAGCCAAAUAUAGGGUACACAAAUAUGAAAUAUUGAUUACGCCCCAUUACAAGUUUAUGAAUUUGAUGAUUCUUUUAGUACAUAACAAACUAUAAAAGUAAACACUAAACAAAUAAAUAAAAUAAAUCAAACAAUACAAUUGCAUCCAAGUUAACGUAAAAAAAAAAUUAAAAUUCAGCCUGUCACUUCAUUUAGUGGGCCAAAAUUAACGCCGAAACAAUCACAAAGCAGCCAGCAGAGCGAAAGAGACAGCCGCGGAUCGCCAGAAAGAGAGGGCAAAUCGAAUCGGUUGACGACGGCGGAGGUUUGACAAUAUGUUGAGCCCCCAUAAUGAAGGAAAUUGAUACGGAGACAACAGUAGUAUGGCCAGCCUGGUGUUAUUCCGGUAACGCACCCACAGACAUACUGCAGCAGAAGCCAGCCAAGGCCACCACCGCCAUUGUGGGCGGUCGCAGCGCAGCCCAACCGGCGACCCACGACGACCAGGAAGCGGCGACGACCGCUUCCACAGCCACCAAGCGGAAGCAUCUCGAGCGGUUGGCCAGCGAUCUGCGGCAGCUGGGCAAGAAGGGCAGGAGGAGGAGUCGCUCGGUUAGUCCCAGUAGUAGAUAUCCCACCGUUGCGGAAACGGCCAAAAUGCUUAGCGAACGAUCGCUGCUGCUCAGCGGAUAUGGAGCCAUCGAGAGCAGUGCCAAGAAGCUGAGCGAAGCGGCCACCGGUGGUGCCGUGGGUGGGAGUGGUGCUGUCGGUCAGGCUGCCACGCCCACCACCAGCCAACUAAGUGCACCCGCCUCCUCAGCAUCCUCCUCCUCCAUGUCGUCCUCCUCCGCUGGCAGCACUUGCAACACCAAUGCAAACACGGCAUCUGUGGCGGCUGCCUAUGCUGCUUUCUAUUUGGAGAAGGUCAAGCACGAGAAGUUGGACAAUCACAAGGAUGCGCCGAUGGUCACCAUACACAAUAACAACAACAACAACACCAUCAACAACAACAACAGCAGCAGCAGUAGCAGCAUCAACAACCAUCAAUCGAGUCAACCAAGUCUGGGCCACAGCGUCAAGAGGGAGCGGCUCAGUCCAGGGAGCAACAGCAGCAGCCACAACGGCGAACUCACCGUCAGCUCAUUUGCCAGAUCUCGCAGCGCCACGCCCUCGUCGUCAUCGUAUCGUGGUGGUGGUGGUGGUGGUACUGGUGGUGGUGUCUCGCCCAGCCACCAGCAGCAACAACAACAGUCCCAGCAACAGCAACAACGCCUUAGUCCGCCCAGUGGCCCAUCGAUGGCAACAGCAACCAGCACAUCAUCAUCAUCGGCAUCAUCAUCGGCAUCAGCCACUGCAGCCACACACAUGCCGCUGCACAAUUUGUCAACGAAUUUGCUAAAUAGCAUUCAGCAGGCUGCCAGUCAGCAGCAACUGCGCAGCAGCAACAGCAGCAGCAACAUCAGCAGCAACAUCAGCGGCAGCAGCAACACCGCCAAAUCGGAUGGUGGUGGUGCCGCCUCAAAUGCCGCGGAUUUUUCCACCCGCAACUAUUCGGACAUUAUGCGAUGCCUGGCGGCCAAGUACAACAAUGCCAAUCCCAAUGACAAUAAUGCAACGCGACGCAAUUCCUACUACGACGGCAGCACUUCUGCGGCAACAGCCACUGGCGGAGCAGGCGGUGUGGGCGGCGGAGGAGCAGGAGGCACAAACUCUGCCCCAAGCAGCGCCCUCAAGUCGGCCAGCAGCUCCGCCGGCAGCACAACGUCCACUGCCAAGAAGCUCUCCCCAUCGGCCGCAUCGGCGGCGAACAGUGCUGCCGUCAGUCUGCCCAAGGAGGCCAAAGUGAGUGUGGCCGGUGGUGCAGGUGUGGGUGGUGCGGCAGCCAGUGGUGGUGGCUCGUCGCUGUCGUCGCAACUAGCUCCACCACCCACCGCUCCAUCGCCCACGGAGCAGGCCAAGAGCCAAAUGGCCGCCGUGGUGGCAGCAGCGAGUGUUUCGCCGUUUAUGACCAACUUUCUGCCCUUCUCGUCCGGCAUUUUCCCGCCGCUGAUAGACAUGAGCAGCACCCAGGCACUGCUGACACUGGCGCGCGCUGUGAAAGAUGCCGAAAUCCAGGAGAUUCUGCGCAGCAAACAGCAGCGCUCCGGUUCGAAUGCCUCCUCGCCGAGUGCGAGUGCGGCGGGCACGCCACGUUCCAGUUCCACCCUGAAUGCGGCACUGCAUCAGGCAGCCCAAUUUGUUACACCCGCUCUGAUCUACUCGGCCCAGCUGCAACAGCAGCAGCAGCAACAACAGCAGCAGCAACAUCAACGGCAGCAACAGCAGCAGCAAUCGCAUCACGCUUCGCGGCAGUCUAGUCCACGUUCCACCAAUGAUUCCUCGACGGUGGCGCCCAUCGGUGACGGCGGCGGUGGCUCCUCGAUUGCGUCGGCGGCGCCAUUGGAUUUGAGCUCCCAGCCGCCGGCAGCCAAGCGCUUUAAGGCAGAGCGUCGUGCCAGCUCUACGGCCACCACGGCAACAACAGCCACCACAGGCUCAUCCACGUCCACACCAUCCCCGCCACCGUUGGAGCAGCACGACGAUAUCAAUUCUGGCAACGCCAACGCGGGCCUAGGUACAGGAGAGGGUUCUGCAGCGGGAUCAUCGGGAGCAGGAGCCGGAACAGGAGUUGGCAAGGCCCGAAGACGAUGUCAGGCGCAGAGCGAGGAGGUUAACUCCUGGUCCGUGGACGAUGUGUGCGGCUUUGUGGGCGGAAUUGAUAUAUGCGCCGAAUACGUUCAGUCGUUUCGUGAUCAGUCCAUCGAUGGCACUGGCCUGCCGCUCUUAACCGAGGAUCACCUGGUUAACUCGCUGGGCAUGAAGCUGGGGCCGGCUCUCAAGCUGCGCUCCAUAUUGGCGAAGAAAUUGGGCGGGCCGUGUCCGUGUGUUGCAUGCGUUGCGCAGGCGCAACAAAUGCUGGCACUGCAAACGGGUGGGGCAGCCGCAGUAGGAGCAGCAGUAGCAGGAGCAGCAGGAACGGGAGCGGGAACGGGAGCAACAUCGGCCACAACUAGUUGCAGCAUCAAGUCGGAGAUCUUCAAUGGCGGCAGCAACGGUAGCAGCAACAGCAACAGCAGCAGCAGCAGCAAUCAGGGCAGCGAUGUUGCAGCUCCGCCGGCGACAGCAGCCAGCUCACCCAGCAGCAGCAACAUGCUGCUGCCAGUGUUGCCGUGCAGCGGACUUCAGGACGCCAGCUAGUUAUCAGCGGUCCACAUACGUAUUUAUGCUAACUAAAUUGCAUUUCACCUGCUAAAAUGCUGUACCAAAUGAGCUUUCAACAGUUAAGAAGAGAAUAAGAAACAAAAAAAAAACAAACAGGCAGACAAGGCAGACAGAGAGAAUACCUUUUGUAUAAAAUUAAACGUUAAAUAUGUAAUUUAAUGGCUAGCUAAAGUUGUAAACUUUAAGUGAGAAACAACAAUAAUCGCAAAGUCUUCCAUUUGCACACAGACACACACACAAACAAAUCAUAUUUGUAUAACAUUAAUCAAUUUAUUAGUCAAUUUAAUGAGAGAGUUUUCGUUUACGUACUUAAGUGCAAAGCGCAAAUUUGCAUUGAUUUUAUUUAUUUCUAUGACUUUUUUCGUUUUUUAACUGCUAGUCAGUAAAUGUAUAUUUAAUAGAAUUCCGCAAAAUGUGAAGCAAACUUAAAAAUUCAAUUUUAUUGUUUUGCAAAUCGAAGUAAAAGGCUAUUUAUUUUAACAUUUUUAUCCUACGAUACGGCCGAAUUGUUGAGCCCCCCCAAUUGCUUUGUUCAAAUUUUAUUAAUUUAUGUAUGUUUACUUUUUCUGCGGCCAUGCACAGAGGAAUUCGAAAUUCAACUUUUAGAACUAUGCAUCCUUUUAAGAGCUCCAAGACUUGAAACACACACAAAACACACUAUACACAAGUGAAAAAAGAUAAAAAAAAAAAAAAAACAACACGAAACGUUAUAGAAAACGUAUUUUAUAGCUUCAUUGUAUAUAUUGUUUAUUUAAUUAGUUGUAAGUCAUUUAGAAACAGACACACAAAAACAUCUUCUAACACCUACAUAGGCCGUAUGCAAUGAUGAACUUAACGAAACAGAAGCAUAUUUCUACAAAAUAGGCAUGAGAAUGAACUUGAUUUACUUUAUACAUUUAAUGAGAACUAUAGCUAUUUUUCACAAGCUGAAGCAAAUAAAUUAUACCAGUUAUCAUACAAACACAAA